AUAGCACUCAAUGGUGUUAGGGACUGAUCAGUUCAUCUGUGCUAACCUGAACCAAUCAUGACUUUCUCUGAAGCUGAGAAGGCUGCCAUCAUCUCCAUCUGGGGCAAGGUGUCUGGCCAUGUUGAUGAAAUUGGAGCAGAGGCUUUAGAGAGGCUGGUCCUCAGCUUCCCUCAGAGCAAGACCUACUUCAGCCAUUUUGAUCUGAGCCAUGGCUCCAAGGAUCUCAAAAGUCAUGGUGGAAAGGUUGUUGGUGCUAUCGGCAAUGCUGCCAGUCACUUGGAUAACCUUGAUGGUGCUCUGUCUGCCCUGAGUGACCUCCAUGCUCAUAACCUGAGAGUUGACCCUGGCAACUUUAGACUACUGUCUCACUCCAUCGAGGUGACUCUGGCUGUGCAUUUCCCCAAGGAGUUUACCCCUUCUGUUCAUGCUGCCUGGGACAAGUUCCUCUCUGCCGUGUCCUCUGUCCUGGUUUCCAAGUACAGAUAAGCUGGAUCAUUUUGAUGUGAUACCUGGUCCUGAAACAACUUACCUUACCUCAUAUUUUUCAAUAAACUUCAUUUUAUCAGUUCA